CCCCGGACAAUUAUUUGAAAAGAAAAAAAGAACGUUAUUACUGGCUUGCAUGACACCCACCCCUUCAGGGUCCAGAAAAGCGUCAAGUCCAUUGAUGAGAUCAUCAUGAUUAGCUCACCCCCGGUCCCAAUCGCAAGGUUCCAGCCCAUGAUCCAUGAUCUGAGGCAGGUAGGUAGCUUAGCUUUCCACCUCUCUGCUGAGAGAUCGUCAGGAGUGGGCAGAUGAUAAUGCAGUCGCACGCACCCCUUCUUUCUUCUUAAACCCCGCUCCUGCCCACAAAUCUUUCCAAACCUUUCUUCUGUUCCCCUCCAAGCUCAACUCGAAUACAAACACAUCGUGAACACAAACCAGGGCUUUUCAACGGAGAGCUCUCUCAGGAUCCACCUUUGUCGAUAGUGUAAAACCCGAUACUCGUAACACAACAUUAACCGAUUCACCUACCUCGAGCUAUCCAAGGAAGCUCACCCUAACCAGCCUCACCCAUCACCACCACCACAACAACAACAAGACAGCAUGGCCGAUAACAUGCCCUCCGGCCCCGAGUUCCGCACCGGCCGCGCCGAUUCCACCUCUUCUACUUCCUCCACCAGCACGACCAACACCGUCAACUCCAGCUCUGAAAUGCCCAAGGCACCGCCUCGCCGGAGAUCAAGCCACCUCUUCGAAGGUCUCGAAGCCCAAAAACGCUCCCAAGACCCGGCCGCAGUAGCAAGACGCCAGAGCAUGAACGAGCAACGCCCCAAGUCGGGCUUCAUCGGCAGCAUGUGGAACAACUGGGUCCACGGCCAGUAGUAAAAACACUAUACUGCUGGAGUUCAUCAGAGGGCAUGAAAAAGUCCCUCCUUGCUGUUGUUUCCGUUACAGGGUUUCGUUCGGGUUUGGUGUUCUUCUGAUCAUGGAUGGCAAUGCGGAAAGCACGAAAGCCUACCUACCUAUUGCUGUUUUUUUGUUUUUUUUUUGCAAUUAAUAUUUCUCUUGUCUGACACCAAUGGCAAAACUGACCAAGACUGUUCUGCUUAUCAUACCUUACCUUACUUAAUUUGAUAAAUGCGAAAAAAAAAAACCACAAACCUUGAAUUAAUUUGUUAGCUGCCCCUUUCUCAUAGGGAGAGACGUUGUUUUUAUAUCAAACUUGGUACCUACUUUGGCCCGGCGAGUUGUGACCCCCUCUUCCCAGACGAACCUUUCAUUAAUCUUGUCCAAGGCUAAUACUCCCACAGCAUACGAUAUUCUUUUGAAAGACAUCACUUGUUAUCUCUAGUAGUCCUGACAGACACCCCCCGAUAAGAACAACACCCAAGUCGAUGUGAAUGCCCUUGGAAUUGCCCACUGAGAUGGAUGUAUCGCAUGCGCUUGAACAUAACACAGCAUGUUUGCCAAAUUAUUUCCCCCCCGGCGGUCUUGAAAUCAGGAAAGGGUUGAUUGCCUGAACAGGGCCUUGUUUUGAUUCAUAUUAACUAAUAAUUACCCGCCUCUUGAUUAAGCCACCAAGUAAUACCAAAGCCG